CCGCCUCUCCGCUGACUGGAAGGCGGAAGCGGGGCCUAAAUUGCGGAGACGUCGGAAGGGGAAGAGCGGCGGUCCAGCCUGAUCUUCAGCGGGGAGGACAAUGGGGCGAGGAGGGGGCACCUUCGAGCGCCUUUUAGAUAAGGCCACAAGUCAGCUUCUGCUGGAGACAGACUGGGAAUCUAUUCUACAGAUCUGUGAUAUGAUUCGUCAGGGGGAUACCCAGGCUAAGUAUGCUGUGGGUGCAAUUAAGAAAAAAGUCAAUGACAAGAAUCCUCAUGUGGCGCUCUAUGCACUAGAGGUCUUGGAAUCUGUAGUAAAGAAUUGUGGUCAGACAGUCCAUGAUGAGGUGGCUAACAAGCAGACCAUGGAGGAAUUGAAGGAAUUGUUCAAGAGACAAGUUGAAGCAAACGUUCGCAACAAGAUCCUGUACCUGAUCCAAGCAUGGGCCCAUGCCUUCCGCAAUGAGCCCAAAUACAAGGUGGUCCAAGAUACCUACCAGAUCAUGAAAGUAGAAGGUCAUGUUUUUCCAGAAUUCAAAGAAAGUGAUGCGAUGUUCGCCGCAGAAAGGGCUCCUGAUUGGGUGGAUGCAGAAGAAUGCCACCGGUGCCGAGUUCAAUUUGGUGUGGUGACUCGCAAGCAUCAUUGUCGGGCCUGUGGGCAGAUCUUCUGUGGAAAAUGCUCAUCCAAAUAUUCCACCAUCCCCAAGUUUGGCAUAGAGAAGGAAGUACGAGUAUGUGAGCCUUGCUAUGAACAUCUCAACAAGAAGGGAGAAGGAAAAGGAACUGCUACCACAGAACUUCCUCCAGAAUACCUGACCAGCCCUCUUUCACAACAGUCCCAGCUGCCCCCAAAGCGUGAUGAAACUGCCCUGCAGGAGGAAGAAGAGCUACAGCUGGCAAUUGCACUUUCCCAGUCUGAAGCAGAGGAAAAGGAAAGGAUGAGGCAGAAAAGCACAUAUUCUACCUACCCCAAGGCUGAACCCACACCAGUCACCUCUUCAGCACCCCCAGGCAGUACCCUCUAUUCCUCUCCUGUGAACUCAUCUGCUCCUCUAGCUGAGGACAUCGAUCCUGAGUUGGCUCGAUACCUGAAUCGCAACUUUUGGGAAAAGAAACAGGAGGAAGUGCGCAAGAGCCCCACCCCUUCAGCCCCACUGUCUAUGGGGGAGCCAGCAACCCAAGCUACAGAAGUCCCACCUGCCCCACUUAGUGUUGUGGAGCAGCAAUAUCAGAAUGGUGAGACAGAUGAGAGCCAUGAGCAGUUUCUGAAAGCUCUGCAGAAUGCGGUCACCACCUUUGUCAACCGUAUGAAGAGCAACCACCUGCGAGGGCGAAGCAUUACCAAUGAUUCGGCAGUUCUUUCUGUCUUCCAGUCCAUCAACAGCAUGCACCCCCAGCUCUUGGAGCUACUGAACCAAUUGGAUGAACGUCGCUUAUAUUAUGAGGGACUUCAAGAUAAACUUGCCCAGAUCCGGGAUGCACGUGGAGCCCUAAAUGCCCUGAGAGAAGAGCACAGAGAAAAGCUGCGCCGAGCUGCAGAAGAGUCAGAGCGUCAACGUCAAAUCCAGCUAGCUCAAAAACUGGAGAUCAUGCGGCAGAAGAAACAGGAAUAUCUGGAGAUGCAACGGCAGAUAGCCAUCCAGCGCCUUCAAGAGCAGGAAAAGGAACGCCAGUUACGGUUGGAGCAACAGAAGCAAACAAUCCAGAUGAGGGCACAAAUGCCUGCUUUCUCUUUGCCAUAUGCACAGCUGCAGGCCAUGCCUCCUGCCAGCGGAGUGAUCUACCAACCAUCAGGACCCACAAGCUUCCCAGGCACCUUCAGCCCAGCAGGCUCUGUGGAGGGCUCACCCAUGCACACUGUCUACAUGAGCCAGUCCACCCAGGGCAGUACAGGACCCUACACUGCGAUGCCUGUGGCAGGAACAGAUCCUGGCAUGGUGACCACCUACAUGUACUCCACAGGCAAUAAUAACACACAACCAGCCCCACAGGCACAGGCAGUGCCCACCGCAAAUCCUGCUUAUUCUUCCUAUCAGCCCACACCUACGCAGGGCUACCAGAAUGCAGCCGCCCCUUCCCAAACGCAGACAAUGCCUGCCAUGACACAAGCGCCCCCCCAGUCUGGAGGUACUAUGGGUUACAUGGGCAAUCAGUCAGUGCCAAUGGGAUACCAGCCCUACAAUAUGCAGAACCUUAUGUCAACUCUCCCUGGCCAGGAAUCAGGUCUGAGUAGCCUGCCACCCCAGCAGCCUUACCUGUCAGGACAACAGCCUAUGUAUCAACAGAUGGCACCCUCCGGAGGGCCUCCACAACAGCCUCCUCCCCAGCAGACACCUCCCCAGGUGCAGCAAGUGCAAGGGGGAAGUGGAGAGGCUCAGCUUAUUUCCUUUGACUAAUUUCUUGGGUUACAAGGCAAGGGAGGGAUGGGUUUCUAAAACAUUGUAAAGCUAUCAUUUCUUGGUCACUGCUGUACUUGCUACACCAUUGCUGUUCCUUUUGUGCUGUUCCCUCAAUGGGGAGAGAGGAGAGUUGAGCUGAGCCCUUGGUGUUGGGUAAUUUCCCACUGUCUGUCUGCAUUUUCCCAUUCCACCUGUCUAAAAUGCUGCCAGAAUCAAGAAUCUGUAACAUCCUAUAUGCUGCUACCCAGCUAUGGAGAGAUAGUGGCCCACAGCCCAACUCACCUAGCUUUUCAUUAGUUGGAUAACAGAGCUUAGUUCUCAAGCAGUCACUGGUAUGUAGACCAUUCAGGAAACUUCUCUAGUUCGGGAAAAUAGCAUUUAAGCAUGCUCUAGAGUCAGAAUUUAUGAGAUCCAGUGUAUGGCAUGGCCCUGAGCCUGCAUUCUCUCUCUCUCUCUGUGGUCACAUCUAGCCAAACAAGUGACCUUCACUUUGCCCAGCACACUCAACUUCUUUCCUCACUAAUUUUUGACAUCUCUCCACCACUUCCCUCCAUGUCUUCUGAAAACCCCUAUCUUGAACACAGCCUAUCCCAAUCCAGUAUGUUUUUUAAGUCCUCACCCCAUCCGACCUAUCUUUCCUUAUGGCUUUGAAGAUGUGUGUCUCAUACUUAGUGGCUGGUGUAGACAGAAUGGAAUCAGUGACAAUAAAAAUAAGUAUUUAAAACUU